AUGGGAGCCUCAAAUGAGACAAUGGUGACUGAGUUCAUUUUAAUUGGAUUAUCGGACCACCCCAAUGCUCAGCCUGUGUUCUUUGGGUUCCUCCUAGUGGCCUACCUCAUUAGCGUUCUUGGCAAUGGCUUCAUCAUCAUGUUGAGUAUUGCUGACCCACAGCUUCAUACCCCCAUGUAUUUCUUUCUCUGUACUCUUUCCUCCAUAGAUCUCAUUGUGACCAACAAUGUUGUUCCUGAGAUGUUGGUCCACUGUUUUAUUCACAGGCCCACAAUCUCAUUCUCCAGAUGCCUGACCCAGAUGUACAUUGGUCUAUUACUCAUUGUAACAGAGUGCAUUCUGCUUGCUAUCAUGGCAUAUGAUCGCUUUGCAGCUAUAUGCCAGCCUCUACACUACAUGCAGAUCAUGAGCUGGAAAUUCUGCAUUUGUCUGCUGGUAUUAGCUCUGUCUUUCUCAUCUCGGAUGACCCUCAUCAAUGUGCUACUGCAGCCAACUGACUUUUGUGGCCGAAACAUCAUGGACCAUUUUGGAUGUGAGCUUGAGCAAUUCCUUAAAUUGUCUUGCUCUGACACACACACUAGUGAGCUCUUCAUGCAUGUUUCUGGUCUCAUUAUAUUAAUACCACCAUUUGGUUGCAUUGUUGUGACAUAUGUGCGCAUAGGCCUGGCUGUACUGCGCAUCCGCUCAACAGAAGGUCACAAGAAGGCCUUCUCCACCUGUAGCUCUCACCUUGCUGUGGUCAGUAUCUUUUAUGGCACAAUCAUGAUCAUGUACUUGAAGCCCCAAGGGACAUCUCCCCAAGGGACAUCUGUUUCUGACAAGGACAAGCUAAUAUCUUUAAUGUAUGGGGUUCUCACUCCGAUGCUCAACCCUCUGAUCUACAGCUUGAGGAACAGAGAUGUGAAGGGGGCUUUCUGGAAACUGAUUGGAAGGAAGAUGUCAGAAUAA